UCUCUCUCUCUCUAUGUUCAGGAACAACUAGUGAGGACGAACUCGCGCUAGUUCUGCGAGUCCGUACCAAGUUUGUGACCUGGAAUAAACGAGAGACUUCUAAAAACACAGCGUCCAGAGGAGCCGUUAACCGUCUUGAGAAAGGGGGAGAGCAAAUUUAAAGACAAAAUCAGCGUAUAUUCCCCAAAGACAGAGCUAUGAGUCGCAGCAUUGUGCGCCAGAGUAAGUUCCGGCAUGUUUUUGGGCAGGCGGUGAAGGCGGAUCAAGGUUAUGAUGAUAUUCGGGUUUCCAAAGUGACAUGGGACAGCUCAUUCUGCGCAGUUAACCCAAAGUUUCUGGCAGUUAUAGUGGAAUCCAGUGGCGGCGGAGCCUUUCUGGUCCUGCCUCUCUCAAAGAUGGGUCGAGUGGACAAAAACUACCCUCUAGUGGUUGGACACUCAGGGCCUGUUCUGGACAUUGACUGGUGUCCUCACAAUGACAACAUCCUGGCCAGCUGCUCUGAAGACACCACUGCCAUGGUAUGGCAGAUCCCUGACCACACUCCCUCUCGCCCCAUCAGUGAGCCCAUUGUGGUGCUGGAGGGUCACUCUAAACGUGUGGGCAUCAUCAAAUGGCACCCCACUGCCCGCAACAUACUCCUCACUGCAGGCAGUGAUAAUCUGAUCAUCAUCUGGAAUGUGGGCACUGGAGAACCCUUGAUCACAAUGGAUGACCAUCCUGAUCUCAUCUACAACGUCAGCUGGAACUACAAUGGUAGCCUGUUCUGCACCACCUGCAAGGACCGUCGCCUCCGAGUGUGCGAUCCCCGGAAAAGUGAAGUGGUGGCGGAGAGAUUAGCCCCACAUGAAGGCAUCCGGCCAAUGAGAGCCAUUUUUACCAAAGAGGGCAACAUUUUCACCACAGGUUUCACCAGGAUGAGCCAGAGGGAGCUUGGCCUGUGGGAUCCGACUAAUUUUGAAGAGCCCAUAGCAUUACUGGAGUUGGACACAAGUAAUGGAGUUUUAUUGCCUUUUUAUGAUCCAGACACUAACAUUGUGUAUCUCAGUGGCAAGGGUGACAGCAGUAUACGGUAUUUUGAGAUCACAGAGGAGCCUCCCUAUGUGCAUUACAUCAGCACAUUCAGUAGCAAGGAGCCACAGAGAGGAAUGGGCUUCAUGCCCAAGAGAGGAAUGGAUGUCAGCAAGUGUGAGAUUGCCAGAUUAUAUAAACUCCAUGAGAGAAAGUGUGAGCCUAUCAUGAUGACAGUACCCAGAAAGUCGGACCUGUUCCAGGAUGAUCUGUAUCCAGACACAGCAGGUCCAGAUCCGGCUCUGGAACCUGAAGAAUGGAUGGAUGGACGAGACGCAGACCCCAUACUAGUGUCCAUGAGGGACGGCUAUGUUCCUCCAAAGAGCAGAGAGCUAAAGGUGGCCAAGAAGAACGUUUUAGACACCAGACCUGCAACACGUAGAAGCAUGUCUGCUGUAGAUGGAAGCAGUUUGCCACCACAGUUGUUGGAGAAGCUUGUUGAGGAGAUCCAAAAUCUGAAGGCCACAGUUCUCUCUCAGGAGAAGCGAAUCUGUGACUUGGAGAAUAAGCUCUCUAAGUACACUAAUGGCACAGUCUGAAUAAAACUAACUAACUCAUCCUGUGCACAUUGCCCAAUUCACUGCUAACUCUCACACCUAAAGUAAGAGCACAGAUAGGCCAAGCCACCUCAACUCACCCCAGCUAUCAUUUAGUUUUAUCAACACUGUAACUACAGUUCAAGUGGCUUGACGGCCACUUGACUUCACAGGCUUUCUAAAUGUGAAUGAAUCACUUAUAGUAGUUACAUUUUGGAGCAUUAGGAGAUUUAAUUUUGCAAAGGCACUAAUAAUGCUUUCCUGAUGCUUUGUAGUAACAUUGUUAAUAUUGUGUAGUAGUACGCAAUAUUAGCUAUAUUCCUUAAAUGCUUAAGGAAUCAUAUCAGGAAGCAUUUAUGUCAGCUAUGUAAAGGGUAGGCAAGACCACCUUCAUUUUAUGACUUACAAAUCCUUGUAUGCACUUACCGCUUUUUAACCUUGAAAUGCUGACAAAGAAUGACAGAAGAAAUGUAGCUGCAACGUCCUGUAGUGGUUAACAGUCACAGUGUCUUUGGUAGUCUCUGUGUGAACAUACCUCAUUGUAAAGACCAGGAAUUGGGAUCAGAUGGUAGCAUAUAUAGCUCUUAUUUAGUCAGCUCUGGCCAAACAAUAUCUAUGGCAUGACUAGAAUAUGUCAGGACAGUAAUGAGCUCAGUAAGAGUUCUGCACAUCCCUUCCUGCCAUUUCAUCGGAAAGGAACAGUGCACCCAAAAAUCAAAAUUCUGUCAGGAUUUACUCACCCUCAUGUUGUCCCAAACUAUGUUUACUUUUCAGUAAAAUAUAAAAGAAGUUUUGCAGAAUGUCCGAGCUGUUCUCCUCCAUACAAUGAAUGUAAAUGAUUACUGGGGCUGUUGAGCUCCAAAAAUCAAAAAUGCACAAAAACAAUGCAACAUAAAAGUGGUCCAUAUGACUCAUGCAC